GCUCGAGCGGCCGUGUCUGGUGCCGUGUGGCACCCUCGUGCAGUGUUUGUUGUUAGGAUCCAUAACAGUAGUGAAAAUUCAAGUAGAAAAACUCAUCAAACGAGUCAGAAAGUUAUUCACGGGUCAAAUUGACCCGGCGCUUAACUGGGUUCAAAAAACCCUUCUACAUAUCGUUAGGAGAAUGAAAACAUAAAAUUUGAAAUAAAGAGGCAUACCAUCUUGGGGAAAUAAGUCGUGCGAUAUGGAUGAGAACUUGAGCAGGGGUUACGUCCAACUGGGCAAAGCCAGAGGGAUGAACGACUUCAAAUUAAACAAUGGCUUCAAUCAUCUCUCUCCACCGGUCGACAAAUGCAACUUCAUCUAUUUGGCGCUUGUGCUUGCUGGUGUUGGUUUCCUCAUGCCCUACAACAGCUUUAUGAUGGCGGUGGAUUACUUCAAAGCCAGGUACCCGGACACAACAGUAAUAUUCGAUAUGUCCGUGGUGUACGUGACGAUGGCGUUCUUCGCUGUUUUUGCCAACAACAUCCUAGUCGAGAGUGUUUCCCUUAACAAACGCAUUACUUUUGGUUAUCUUGUCUCGGUGAUAACACUAAAUUUCGUCGUAAUUUCGGAAAUUUGGUGGGAGUUGUUCGGCGAAGCGACCUCGUACACGAUCAAUUUGGUCGCCGUUGCAGUCGUCGCUGUCGGAUGCACUGUUCAGCAGUCGAGUUUCUAUGGAUACACGUCGAUGUUGCCUAGUCGUUAUACCCAAGCAGUCAUGGCUGGAGAAAGUGCCGCGGGCUUUUGGGUGUCGGUUAAUCGGAUUCUGACGAAAUCGUUGGUGAAUGACGAGCGUGGCAAUACGUCGAUGUUUUUCUCUCUAUCGAUAACAACAAUAAUAAUGUGCUCGGUGCUCCAUUGGAUCGUGCGGAAGACCGAAUUCGUUCAGUUCUACGUGAAUCUCUGUCAAGAACGAAACCGAAUAAUUUUGGAGCCGUCGGAAGACGUGGGCCUGAUGGAUCCGUUGGACCAGACGAACGAUCCGAGCAAAGGCCACUACGGUGUGUUGAAAAUUCAAACGAGCCCGUUAGGGGCUGAUGCCGCAGGUGGCAGCACCGAAGCAGCGAACGGCUCAGGACAGUACUCGGCGUUUUCGUUCAGCAAUCCCGUUUAUGAGCCAGGCGCCCCAGCCAACAAUCCGCCUGGGAAUAACGGCCCGACGUACAAGGUCGAGGACGUCGUCGUGAUCCAGGGAACCUAUUACAGGAGCCAAGGAAACAAACACUGGGCUAGCAUAAAACGAGGAAUGAUGGCGAGGUUCGAAGUCGCCAAACUGAUAUUUCCCUACAUGGCUAGCAUCGGCAUCGCUUAUUUCGUAACUCUCUGUCUCUAUCCGGGAAUCCUGUCUGAAAUAAUAUCGUGCAAAUUCGAGUCGUGGAUGCCAGUUAUCCUCAUGGCGACUUUCAACGGUGCUGAUCUCCUCGGCAAGGUCCUCGCGUCGAUACCUCACGAGUGGACGAGAACCCAACUCUUGUAUUUCUCCGGCGCCCGAGCUGUUCUAAUUCCUCUUUUCCUCCUCUGCGCCAUACCGAGGAGUGCGCCGAUACUUUCAGGAGAGGGCUAUCCCCUAGUUUUCUCAUUGUUACUUGGUCUGACCAACGGCAUCGUCGGCAGUGUUCCAAUGAUCCAGGCGCCGAGUAAAGUGCCCGAGCAAUACCGUGAACUUGCUGGCAACAUCAUGACCUUGUCCUACACGACCGGCUUGGCCAUUGGUUCGGUGCUGGCUUACGUCCUCGACGCUUGUUUGGGACCGGUCGUCCAGGUUAAGGACAUUUGUACAAAUUUAACGAAAAUCUCACCACCGGCUGGCAACGCGACGGUUGAAGUUUUCAUCACCGUUGCAAAAGCAACUGUUGAAACUGUGACGAAGAUUCCGAAUUUGGGAACGACGACAACAGCGCUGACAACCCUUCUGACGACGCCAAUUGUCAUCAAUAGUACGUUGUCGCUCCUUAAUACCGGAUUGGUCAAUGCUUCGAGUACAGCCUUACCAAAAGUCAUCGCAAAUGCCUCCUCAACGAUCAGUAACUCUAUUCUACAACACUAACUUCAUCUUCCGAACUUCUAUAAUCAUCCUGAGCUUUUCUUUCGAGCAAAAAUCUUUCUUUCGUUCCUUAAAUAUGUAAAAAUCAUUAUGAAACUCUGAAGCGUUGAUCCCUGACGAUUUUUCCCAAGGGCGAUUCACGGUGAGUAGAAUCAGCCGGGAACAAAAAUCCUGACAGACCCGAGGAUGGGAUCUGGCGAAGAAAAAUGCCGAAAAGUUUCGUUCUCCUCUGUUUCAACAAUCGGGCAGAAGCAACGAUGAGAAAAAAGCUUGCUAAUUGUUUCGUAUUAUUUGUUGACCCCAAACGUUGAGUUGACUGCCGCUGAUGAAUUGAAAUCCUUGAAAUUUUUAUUUCUUCGUAUCUUGGCCAUCCGCUAACAAAUUGUUCUUCAACUACAGUUAGCACGAUGAUGGGGAUUAUGAUACAAAAACUGAAGUUUGUAACUUGCGAGCUGUUUCGGUAUCGUGAAAAUUGAUCGUUUCAUUUUUAUUCUAUGAAUUCUGGCUUCCUGGUCGGAGCCAAUUUGACUCGCGACCGAACCACGCUCUCGGGUGAAAACUCAAUUGCACUUUGGUCGAACUUAUGCCACGGUGGAAGCGAUUGACGAGAAUAGUGAGAUUGUGAUGAAAACAGAAAUUCAGAAUUAGGAUUAUUUUCCAACUGCUUUUUAUUCGAAUGACUCAAUUCUCAGGAAAAUCAUGUUUUUCAAUGAUUUUCUUUGUGCACUAUGUCCAUUUUGAACAUUCCAAAUAAAUGGAAAUUUCAAACUCUUUCUAAUCGAAGGUUUCAUCGCAUUUUAACUCUUGUCCACGUGGCCUGAAACUUUUUGCAUCUCGAACAUCCGCGGUGAACGCGAAUCAUGGAAAGUCAAUUUUUCCCCCAAAGUCCUUUCGACUAAUCGAAAACUAAAACAAUCCAAUUUUUCCGAGCAAUUAUCACGAAAAUGUCAAAAUCAGAUUUUCUUUUCUACGAUCAUCCAAAGAUAACGAAAAACAAACCCAAACGACAAAAAUUCUCUUCAGAUUCAUCUCGUUUAGGAAUCUCAUCAAAUUCUAAUCUUUCCACCCAACAGACUUCACGAAACAUUGCAGAGUGGAAAAACAUUGCAAUAAUGAGACGUUUAACCGAGGGAGCAACUGUGCAAAAACAGAAUGCGAAUGCCAGUCGUGCAUCAUACGAUGGUCGUGGUUUUUCCAGACAUAUCUUUCUAAAUACGAAUAAUCCGAUGACGCUGAAGUUUGCAAAUUCGGAGUCCAACGAAACGAUCUAAAAAGAGCCUCAAAUAAUUCCAGUAACUCUCCAAUUUCGUUUUCUGCCGAAUUUGCAAUUCGUAGUUUUUCAAGCUGCACCGAUGCUUCGUGAAAUAAAAAUUGAGUGAAUUACGAAUAUCGUUCAUUUCGUUGGAGUCCAAUACAAAUAUCUAUUAUUUAAAUUUCUGAAGCCAUAUCAGGACCAAAAUCCACGAAGUAUUACGCCCGAACGUGAUUUCCAUGCCGAAUUGACGAUCCGUUCAUUUUUGUAUGAUUAAAAACCCAUUGCCACGGCCCCAGAGAUGACGAGGUCGUAAAUUCUGUAGCAUCGUUUAAUGUAAAUAUCGUCCAACAGCUGGACAGGAGGAUCUAAGCAGCAGCAUAUUUCUAUUGAGCUAAGUAAAAAGUGAUAUCGAAAAAAAUGAAAAAACAAUCGAUUUCUCGAGAUACGCAAAGUCCGUAAAUUUACGAGAUUACAAAGCUUUGAAACCACAGUUUUUUCGAUGUCAAUUCCGCACUUCGAAUUCUGGUAUUUCCUUGCCACACUUACAUUGCUUUUCAAAUUUAUGCAUCAUGUACAUAUAUAUAAUGAAUACGAUAAAAUGUACUUAGCUCCUAGUUCAAUAGCAGUCGUAAUGGGUAAACAUUUUUACCUUUAUUGUCUGUAAGAAUUGAGAGAUUAAGCGAUUGUUAUUAUUGCGAGAAAUAAAUGUCAAAUGUUCGUCCCCA